AUGGUUGCCCUGAUAGUAUUUUGUGGCAUUCUAAAUGAAGAAAAUGACAAACAGGCUCGUCGGGCGAAGGUUUUCCGAGACAGAACACAGGUCCUCGAUACGAUGACCGAUGUGGAACUUAUCGAGCGGUAUAGAUUCCCGCGGGUUGUCGCACUAGGCCUUGUAAACGAUCUCAAGAAUCUUAUUCAGCCUAAAACUAACAGAUCACACUUAAUGCCCGCACACAUUCAGGUUCUAACGUGUCUCAGAUUUCUAGUGAAAGGUGAUUACCUCUCAGAAGUAGCAGACCUUCACGGCAUUUCUAAAGCGUCGGCAUGUAUGAUCAUUCAUAGAGUAGUAGAUGCUUUAUGCAACACUUUGAAGAACAUAAAUUUUCCUACCUCCAACGGUGAACUGAGAAAGAUCAAAUCCAAGUUUUACAAGAUUGCAGGCUUCCCCAGUGUGGUUGGAGCAAUUGAUGGUACGCAGAUUCCAAUUCAGGGAAUGAGUUUGGAAGAUGAGCCGUUGUAUAUAUGUAGAAAAGGGUACCAUUCAAUCAAUGUGCAGGCUGUUGUUAAUCCCGAUUUAAGGUUUACAAAUGCCGUUUGCAAGUUCCCAGGGGCCACCCACGAUGCUUACAUUUUACAGAGCAGCUCGCUACCAAACCUUGUUUCCUGUCUUGAGGAUGGAGGAUGGCUUGUAGGGGAUUCUGGCUACCCUCUGAAAGAGUGGCAAAAUUAUAAAAUAUAUUUCAUUGUUUAG